AUGCGGCUUCCUCCAUCGUCCCCACGAAUACCUCCAGCAGCUACCAGCUUUUCCUCGAACCCACCUGUCCCUCAUUUGUUUCGGCUGUCGGACUUUUUCUACAAGGAGAUCUUUGGCGUGCAUGAUAUCAAACAGAGCGAUGGCGUGCACCAAGAACGCGUGCAAAACUUCUUUGUCGUGCCAGUGAAUACCGAGCAGCUCUUUCUCUUUGGCGUGCUGCUGGCACUCGAUAGUUUUCUCUACGUGUUUACGUACAUGCCAUUGCGGAUCCUAUUUGCCUGUGGCUGUGCCGUGACAUCGGGUUUCCACACCCGGAUCUUCCGACGUACGCACUUUUAUGACUUGAUGGUGGCCGUGAUCAUGGCAGUCGGGACAACCGUGCUGGGAUACGUGGACAUGUCGAGGGUGUACCACGCCAUUCGUGGCCAAGCGAUGAUCAAGCUCUACGUGCUGUUCACGAUGAUCGAGAUCUUUGACCGCUUGUUCUCAUCCUUUGGACAGGACGUGCUUGACUCGCUGUAUUACACAGCCAAGUACCAUCCCCGCCGGGUCACGCGCAUGUUUUUGGCCUUUAGCGUGGCAAUCGUCUAUGUGGUCCUCCACUCGCUGCUGCUAUUUGCCCAAGUCGUGACGCUCAACGUUGCUGUCAAUUCAAGCAACACGUCUCUGCUCACGCUCCUCAUUUCCAACAAUUUCGCCGAGCUCAAGAGUUCAGUGUUCAAGAAGUUUGAAGAACAGAACCUGUUUCAGAUCAGCUGCAGCGAUAUUGUCGAGCGCUUCAAGCUUCUCACUAUUAUCGGGCUUAUUCUGCUGCAGUCGUCCACUGCAGAUGUCGCCUGGGGGACGGCUAUGGUUUGGGUGGCUGAGAUGCUGAUCGAUUGGAUCAAGCAUGCCUUCAUCACCAAGUUCAAUCAGAUACCACCCACGAUGUACUCCAAGUUCAUCACAAUUCUCUGUCGUGACCUCACGGGCUGGAAAAGCGAAGACACAAUCCUCGACCAUACGCACCACGUGUCCAAACGCUUGGGUCUAAUGUCGCUGCCUUUGGCAUGUGUGGUGCUGCGCAUGCUGUCAAAAGCUCUAGCAGACGCGCCAAUUGAGCUGACGUCACUUAGCGGCAUCUUGAUCACGGUGGUGUUUUUCAUGUGUCUCGCAGCGUUCAAAGCGCUACUGAGCCUUGUGUUGAUGAUCUACGCUUGCAAAUCAGGCCGCUUGGAUGACACUCGUCCGAAAAGUCCGCGGUCCGCUCGCCAUCUCGAGUCCAUCCAUCAGUACAAGUUUUAG